AUGUCUACUUUUGACGGAAUCAUCAGAGAGUUCCCUGACAUCCGGGUCGAUUUUUUCCGCAACAAUGGCACCCGGCCACCACUUGCUUGCUUCUUGAGCCAUGUGCACAGCGACCAUCUGGCCGGACUAGAGUUGCUCAGGUCCCCCUUUGUGUAUUGCUCGGCCGCUACCAGGGAGCUGCUGUUACGUUUGGAAAGAUAUCCCUGCCGCAUAAACUACGCCAAAGGUAUUCUGGAGGCACGGGUCCAGACAUACAAGCACCUUAAGAACCUGUUGAAACCCAUUCCACUUGAUACGCUAACCCAGAUUGAGCUUGGCCCGGGGAGGAGCAUUGGCGUUACUUUGCUCGAUGCGAAUCAUUGCACUGGAGCUGUUAUGUUUCUCUUCGAGGGUGACGGAAAGGCAGUUCUCUAUACAGGAGACAUCAGAAGUGAACCGUGGCAUGUCAAUUCUAUCGCUCGAAGUCCGUGCAUGAUGGAAUAUUCCGCAGGGAUCAAGACGCUGAGCUGCAUUUAUCUGGAUACAUCCAACACUGAAGACGUUGCCUUUCCUUCCAAAGACGCUGGGCUCAAAGAGCUCCUCGAGAAAGUCAUUCGAUAUCCCAAAGACACCAUAUUCCACUUUCAAGCUUGGACCUUUGGAUAUGAGCAAGUGUGGAUAGCACUCUCAAAAGCGCUCAAUUCUCCUGUUCACGUCGACGACUAUAAGCUGCAGCUAUACAGAUCCCUCGUAGCAAAAGGAAACCCCAAGGAUCCCUACGCGACGCAGUUCCACAUGGGUCCAGAGGUCGCAGCACUCGUCGGUUUCAUGUGUGGCAACACGGCACAUCCUGGCUGCCUCGCCAGGGAUGUGAAUGUGCGUCUGCACAGCUGCGAGAGGGGAAACUAUUGCAAAACUGUCCGAGACGCCGAGGCCGCCGGCACCAUUGUACACAUCGAGCCCAUCAUCACCAGGCUUGUGGGCGGCGAAGAGGUUGCCGAAAUGGGGAUUGGUGGCGGCGGUGACGACUUGGAGCGCGAGGCCGAACUUGACUCUUUCGCACUCCAGGACAUGGGGGGUCUGUUGCAAAUUAUAUCCGAGAACCAGGCGAUUGAGGACAGCGUCAAGAUUAAAAUCGGGGAUUUGUUGAUGAACGCUAUCAGCACGAGGCGCAACGUGAGUCUCGACAUGGCGAUAAACCUGUUUGAUGAUAGCAACGAAGCAGAUCUCAACAAAGCGGUGGACAACCUGGCUCGUAAAAACAUCAGGCUGGCCUAUGGGCCUAGUAAAACAUCACCUGACAACUAUGCAAACGUAGCAGCCGUUGAGGACGGCACCGCGAAUAAUCUGCCCAGACGGGUGAGGUUCCCAUAUUCGAGGCACUCCUCAUACCCGGAACUUUGUCAUCUGGUCGACAGAUUUCGCCCCAUGGACGUGUGGCCUUGCACUUACAAGGCAAAAGAAUGGAUUCAGCAUGGUCUAAGCAUCAAGUCUCUGUUUGGAAAGUACUGCUCUGGAGAUGUAUUUGAGCACGACAAAAUCCAAGCGCGCUUUGCCCCGCGAUCAAAAGCAAGUGAAAUCGAGCACAAUGACGAUAGCCAGUUCAGUGCGAUUACUCAGAGAUCGGACGAUACAGGCUACCAGCUUAGUCAAACAAUCGAACAUGGUCGGCAGCUCCCGUCGGGUUCCAAGGACAGCCGACAUGACAAGGGCCCCGGCCCCGGUCACACGUCAGAGGUGAUCUCUCCCACAUCGGACGCCCCUGAUGCGACGAGCCAUCAGCACAAGAGAGGCUUUGCGGCCUUUGCCGAGUCAGAUAUGGAUAAUCUUGACGGUCGCGAUCGAGAAAUAAUCGAGGAUGAGGAUACAGAUGAUCAUCCAGAAGAUGUAUUCUUGCACGACUCGCAAAGCUCUGAAGUGUCGGAAAGCGCAAUGGCAACGCGCAGGACUGCUUUCAACACGGUCCUAGGGGCUACCACAUUCAUCAGGGGACAGGUCGAGUACCAUGGAAUCCCGUUGCUUUCCACGACCGACGCCCACUCCCGCAGCGAGAUCGAAUUGGGGAAUCCCUCACUCUGGAGUGCUCCACUGGGAAGCUUUGAGCCUGCUGAAAGCGGCUUGUCACGCGGAGGUGACAUGCACAACAGAUAA